AUGUGGGAUGUCAUUGCCCGGACCCAGAGCACCACUGGCUUGACCAAGGGGUUUGUUUCUCUCAAAGAGCUGCAGCUGAGGCUGAGCGGCGGGCCCAACUGGUGUGCAGGCAAUGUGGAAAUCUACUACUUUGGAGGCUGGGAGAAGGUGUGUGGGUACCUGUGGGACAUGCAGGACGCCGAGGUGGUGUGCAGGCAGCUGGGCUGUGGCUUCCCUCUCACGACCACAAACUCCUUCUCCUCGAGCAACUGGUACCCGUACAUGAUUACCGAGGUGAACUGUACAGGCUACGAGAGCUACGUGUGGCAGUGCCCUUACACCUACCAGUACCGUGUCUGCCACCACGGAGAUGCUUCUGUCGUAUGCUCAGAAUCAGGAAUAACAGUGCCUUCAACAGCAGAACCAGCUGCCUUCAGAUGGACGGCCACCAGGCCAUGGAAUACAACAGCGAACAACUCCUGUGGUGGAUUACUUCACGGACUGUCCGGCACCAUCCAGAGCCCGGGGUACCCCAACUCCUACCCCGACAACUCCUACUGCGUGUGGCGCAUCCAUCUGCGGGACCCGGCCCGCAGGAUCCAGCUCCAGUUUACGGACGUGGAGCUGGAAGGCAGCAGCUGCACCUACGAUGCCAUCGAGGUGUACGACGGAGGGUCCCCCCAGAGCUGGCGCCUCGGCCUUGUUUGCAGGAACGACCACCGUGUCUUCAACUCCUCCGGGAACCAGCUCACCGUCCUGUUCCGCAGCGAUGGCAGCGUCACCAGGAGAGGCUUCCACGCCUACUACUCAUCAUUUCUUGCCUUCAAUAGCACCGUGGCUCCCACUACUGUGUCAGCAGCCUCAGAAAAUUAUUCUUGUGGUGGCUUGCUUUCCUCUUCAUCUGGUACCUUACAGAGUCCAUUUUACCCCAGAAAUUAUCCAAACAAUGCCAACUGCGUGUGGGAAAUACAAGUAAAGAGCAACUUCCUUGUCACACUUGUGUUUACAGAUAUACAGAUGGAAGGUGGCAGAUGCCUCUCUGACUACGUGGAAAUCUAUGAUGGGCCCCUGCAGACCUCUCCUCUCCUUGGGAAGAUUUGUUCUGGUUAUUACCGCACGUACACAUCGACCUCAAACCUGCUGACCGUCCGCUUUCACAGUAACUCCCGGUACACAUACAGAGGCUUUCAGGCCAACUACUAUUCCACUCCAGCUGAUGACAGCACCAGUCUGCUGUGUUUGCCGGACUACAUGCACGUGGUUGUGAGCAGAUACUUCCUUCAGUACCACGGCUACUCUGCUUGGAACCUCACCCUGAACGACCCCUCCUGCACGCCCAACAUUACAUCAAAUUAUGUGACAUUCGACAUUCCGUACACUCAGUGUGGCACCGUCAGAGAGGGAAAUAACAACACAAUCAGCUAUUCCAACGUUAUUAGAGGGUCUUCUUCUGGUACUUUAAUCACAAGAAACAGAAAUCUUCACUUGCAUGUGAACUGCAAGAUGCUGCAGAACACGUGGGCACAGACGAUGUAUGUUGCAAACGACAAUUUUGAAGUCAAUGAAACUCAGUACGAGAGAUACGCCGUAAACCUCACAUUCUAUGACUCUUCAAGCUUCUCACGGCCAGUGUACGACUCACCCUACUACGUCGGCAUCAACCAGAAUUUGUACCUGGAAGCUUUCCUGCACAGCUCUGAUCCCUUGCUGCAGUUAUUUCUGGACACUUGUGUGGCAUCUCCCACUCCCCACAAUUUUACAACAGGAUCCUAUACUAUAAUCGAGAAUGGGUGUGUCAAAGAUCCUACCUAUGUUAAGUAUUCCUCACCCCGCAGAAACAUCCUCCGGUUUAAAUUCAAUGCCUUCCAGUUCAUCCGGAGCAACCCAGAGGUUUACCUGCAGUGUGAGCUGGUGGUGUGCAGGGCCUAUGACUAUUCUUCCAGGUGCUACCAAGGCUGUGUUCGAAGGUCCAAGAGAGAGGCAAGCUCCGACGAGGAAAGUGUGAUUGUUGUUGCCGGCCCAAUACAGCUUUGGGAACCUGGUUCUGAGCCUGGGAGUGAACUUGGAUCUGAAUAA